AUGGAGACCCUGUUCCUGACCGUUGUGCUGGGUCUGGUCGCUGCCCUGCAGGCCCAGGACCCCCUGUCCUUCACCUCGGAGGAGCAGGAUAGGAGAGUCUGGGCUGCGCCUGAGGAGGACGCAUGCCUCGGCCUGUUCCACGUCACAGGGACCUGGUACGUGAAGGCCAUAGUGACUGACAGGGAACUGCCGGAGGGGAAGAGGCCCAGCAAGGUGUCCCCCGUGACAGUGACAGCCCUGGAAGGUGGGGACUUGGAGACCACAUUCACCAUCAUGAAGGCGGGUCAGUGUCAUCAGAAGAAAGUACUGAUGCAGAAAACCGAGGAGCCGGGCAAAUACAGCACCUAUGGGGGCAAGAAGCUCAUGUAUCUACAGGAGCUGCCAGUCAAGGACCAUGACAUCUGGUACUGCGAAUUCCACCACCACGGAAAACCGCUCCGCAUUGGGAAGCUCAUGGCAGCCACCGUGGCUGCACCUCCGGAGCCCGCCCUGCUGCAGGACACAGAGCCCCACCCCCGCCUGGACCAGCCUCUGCCACAGCAGCAGCCCCUGCUCCCCCCGCCCCGCCUGACUCCAAAUAAAGAGCUUCAGCAGCAGCCCUGGACUCGGCCUGUCUGUAAAGGGGACCUUGGUGUUGGCUCCCUGGAGGUCUGA